UCGUCCCGUAUAUCCGACACUAAAUCACACGCGAGUGGUGACGUCACGGCAAACUCCACAUGCUGUUGCUCAAUCUUGGGACAAAAAGUUUUGUGACAGAUUCAAGUCAUAAUGGCGUCUCAAAACGAAUUGACUAACGCUCCUGAAACAUGGGAUAACGAUACGAAUGACGAUGACGUAGGGAAUCAAUUAAAUAAACCACUGGCAUCACUCAAUAUUAACGCACCAGCUUUCGUACCCGGCCAGAAUCCAUUUGCAUCAUCAUUCGUGCCUACCAGCUUCUCAAAAGCAGCUGAACCUGAGCCCGAGGCACCACCACCUCCGUCAGAACCUGUUCCAGAAAAGAACAUAGCAUACAAGGAGGAGGGUGGAGGAAAGGAAGAAGUUGCUGAUGACUGGGGGGCUUCCACUGAAGGACUGGAGGCAGAGGCAGAAGUGGAGGAAGAGGAGGAGGAGGAAGCUCCUGUGAAGCCUAAGAAGGCUGCUAAGGAAAGACUACAGAAGAAGGCUCACAUGAACAUCAUCUUCAUUGGACAUGUCGAUGCUGGCAAAUCAACAAUUGGGGGUCAAAUAUUAUAUCUGACUGGAAUGGUGGAUAAGCGAACAUUAGAGAAGUACGAGAGAGAGGCGAAAGAGAAAAACAGAGAAACCUGGUACCUGUCAUGGGCCCUGGACACUAACAUAGAGGAGCGAGAGAAAGGAAAGACAGUGGAGGUGGGGCGGGCAUACUUUGAGACAGAGAAUAAACACUUCACUAUCCUUGAUGCACCCGGACACAAGAGCUUUGUGCCAAACAUGAUAGGCGGUGCCUCGCAGGCAGAUAUAGCUGUCCUGGUGAUAUCAGCACGUAAAGGCGAGUUCGAGACCGGGUUUGAGCGUGGAGGCCAGACGAGAGAGCAUGCCAUGUUGGUGAAAACUGCAGGUGUGAAGAAACUGGUGGUUGUGAUUAACAAGAUGGAUGACCCAACAGUACUAUGGGACCAAGUUAGAUAUGACGAGUGUAAAGACAAGCUUAUUCCAUAUUUGAAGAAGUGUGGAUUUAACCCAAAGACAGAUCUUGUAUUUUUUCCUGUGUCUGGAUUUACUGGAGCCAACCUUCGGGACGUGGCACCAGAGUCGACCUGUCCAUGGUAUAGAGGGCCUUCAUUUAUUAAUUACCUGGAUGGUUUGCCUCCAAUUAAUCGAGCCCUCGACAAGCCGUUCCGAAUGCCUGUGAUGGACCGAUACAAGGACAUGGGCACAAUCCUUAUCGGCAAAGUGGAAUCUGGCAUCUGUUGUAAAAACCAGACUGUCUAUAUGAUGCCUAAUAAGUGUCCAGUGAAGAUCAUGCAGCUCUGGUCAUAUGAUGAGGAGACUGACGAGGUACAUCCAGGAGAGAACGUCAAGUUGAAAGUCUCUGGAGUAGAUGAGGAGGAUGUUUCCCCAGGGUUUGUGAUAUGUGCUUUAGACGCUCCCUGUAAUACGGGCCGAAUAUUCGAUGCAAAGAUUGUGAUAUUGGAGCACAAGUCUAUCAUCUGUGCAGGCUUCAGUGCGGUUCUACAUAUGCACACUGUGGCUGAGGAGGCAACUAUCAAAAACCUAAUUUGUAUCAUAGAUAAAAAGACUGGUAAAAAAACGCCAGCCCGCUUUAUCAUGCAAGACCAGAUUGGUAUAGUACGGUUCCAAAUUAACGCUGGAUUAAUCUGCCUAGAAACAUUUGACGACUUUCCACAGAUGGGUAGAUUCACACUCAGAGAUGAAGGUCGCACAGUUGCUAUAGGACAAGUGUUGAAGAUCAUUGAAUAAUUGCUCUGUGUUCCCCAAAUUAAGCAUGGCAGUGCAUAAGUCCUGUACUGAGUUCAUACGCAGAACUAGCAGGGUACCAGGCAACACCAUGCCAUCAAAAGCGAUCAUCGGGUUGGGUGUAGAUAAUUUUUGCAAAUGCGUUGUUUUGUUUUCCAUGAAUGAGCAGUGUUUUAAGCACUUUUAACCCUGUUAAACUUACAGAACUUCUUAAUAUUUGUAUGUGUAUUCAUGUAUUUAGUUCUAUUUACUAUUUGUUUCUCCUGCUGAGUCUCAGAGACACCCAGGGCCUUGUAUUCACCUAUCUGUUUUAAGACUAACUCAGGAACAUGGACUCUAGAAACCAAAUUCCUGCACUAAUGCGUCUGUUUAUAGGCACAGUGGAAUGUAGCAAAUGUUAUGAUAAUUGAUGAUAAUAUGUAAGGCCUAAUGUACCCACUGUUAUGAUGAUCGCUCAUCAAAAUUAACACUAGCUUACAAGGCCGGGACUUGUGCUCACCAGAACUUGCUUGUUUGAAGUGCUAUUUCAAUGAUUUAAACUAAGCUUAAUAUUGCUUUGGUUUAAAAAAAGCCAAAACAUUAUAAAGAAACUUGAUGCCUUAAAACAGGUUGGUGAAGAUGGUUCUGGUUUAAAGGCGCAUGUUCACAUAAUGGUUAAUUUAACAUUUUGAUUAUUGUUGUGACUUUUAUCACAAAUUACCAGUACCCACACACAUGCAGGGGUUUUUCUGCCUAUUUUGGGAAAAGGAGUCUUACCAAAUUGGGAAUAUUUUAUCGACAAAAUUGUCCAUUUGGGGAAUUUUUGCUUCGAUGAAACGUCUCAUUUUGGGAAAACAUUAUGAAUUUAUCAUGCUUAAAUAAGUCAGUGGUUUUACAAAUAAAUUUGUUUUUAUUUGUUAUUUUGUCUUCUUUAUAUAAACACCUGCAAUAUUGGACAUGUUCAACGUUUAUUCAAGUACUGAAAUUUUGUUGUUCAGUUACAUUUACACUCUGAGAUAAGAACUUUACAGUCAAAAACUUAUAGCAGAUAUUUUUGACCAAAACAAACAGUGUUACACUGGUUAGUCACACAAGUUACAGCAUUUUUUUUUCUGCUUUCUGUUUUUGAAAGCAUCACACAGUUUCUCCAAUGUUUUGUAAUUCAGGUCUAGACCUUCAAUGCAGGUAAGCAUCAGUAAGUAAGUUUGGUUUGUGUGAAUGUGCUGCCUAAUGGGGAGCACAGCAGGUUCAUGGUGCAGUGCUUGUUGGUAUAAUAUACACAUCAGCUGGACGAGUUGGAUCAUUAAUAAUCUAAUAAUCAUAAGUCAUAAUAAUCUAAUAAACAUGUCAUAAGACACUUAUUUAAAAAAAAAAAAUAUAUAUUUUUAAAUUGGGAUUUUUUUUUAGAAUUUCGGUUUGGGAUUGGGUCCGUUUGCUUUGGGAAUGCCUCCGUUUUCCGGAGGCGCAGACAGUGCUGAAAAACCCCUGGCCUGUAUAUACAGAUGACUAUUGACACUCUAUGCAGAAACAUACUUGCUCUUGCACUAUGUAUAUGAUAGUAAAUCUGUGUGAACAAAAUUAUGAAACAAGUAUUUAAGUCAGUAUGACUAUGAAUUAAUUUAUUAUGGGCAUUGUUUUGUAAUUAUUGUUUUUUUUUUUCAAAUACACAGGAUUUUCAUACCACUGGCAUUCAGUUGCUGUAUUAUGUUAAGUGAAAUAUUGUUCAUAACAAAAUGUUAAAGAUACUGAAUGUAUUUUGUAGCAUCGAAACAAUUUCCGUGUUUGUUACUCAAUAUUUAUGUUGGUUAUUGUAAUUUGCUGUAUAUUUAUAUAAACAUUAAAACAAAUCACUAACUUUUUUCCAACUUAAAUUGCACAUCAAUGUUUUUCUAGAUAUUUACGCAUAUUAAAAUCACAACAUAUGUUUCAACCAUCAAUAAUCUGUUUUAAAUCUGUUUUGAGUAUUACUGUAUGUUAUUGUGUUAUCAGUAAGUCAUGGGUAAUAUUGUAUCUUCUUGGUGCUCAUAAUACUUUGUUAACAUUUCCUAAAAACCCUGUUAUAGUGCUCAAAGUAGUCUAGUUGUAUCCUCUCAUUUUAACAGCAACAUGACAGGAUUUGUUUAUUUGCAAGGAUUUCACACUUUUAUUGUCUGACACGUGAUGACUGUUGAUGCAUUUUAACAUUUCAACACAGUUGGAAAGGUUCACAACAUUUGAUUUACCCGGUAGUCAAUUUUCCCAUCUAGCUAACACUCUACAUAAGAAUUCAAGUACCUGUUCCAACAUAAAUCAUGGGCAUGGGUCUUCUGUGAAUAAAAGUAUCAACUAAUACAUGUGAUAGUUAGAAUUUAAAUGUGCAAAAAUUCUUGCCCUUUUGCUAUUAUUUUCCGCAACUAUUCUGAACACAUGAAUCCAUUUUGUUUACUGCUUAUUCUUGUAGUGAUUGGGUGUUAUGGGUACUGACAUUUUAGCAUGAUUCAUUUAGAAUCAUUCUGCAUUAUAAGUUUGAAUAAUGUUUCUUUAUUUGUUUUGUAUUUAUUUACCCCCUUAAGGUAAAUCAAUGAAGUUUCUUUUUUUCUCUGUAGUAAGGAGUUAAAUUGACUUCUAUGUACAGAUUUUCACAGGAAUUUUAAUGAUAUAAACACAUCUUCACAGUCUUGUGUCUGAGAAAUAAUGAUCUGUUCACAAAGAUAUAUUUUAAGGUCUAUUAUGUAAAACAUACAUCGUGUAAUUUCUGGUUUGGGCGAGGUUUUGUUUGAAAUAAUUAUGUCCAUAAUUAUGAAAGCAAAGUGUUGUUCCUGCAAUAUUGCAAUUUUCUGAAAUAUUGUGUAUAGUAUAAUAGUAAUUUAUUUGAUCAUUGUUUAUUUUCAUAUGUUAGUACUCAUUUCACUGUUAAAAAUACCAGCUUGUGAAGAGUACAUGAAGGUUUGUUACAGGUUCAGUAAGAUAGAUCCAUUUAAAGAGUGAGUUUAUUUUGUAUGUUUACUUAAGAAAAAGUUUCUGGUCCGUAAAUAUCUUAUUUAGUUUAAUUCCAUAUGCCUUUGUUUUCAGUGCUAGACAGUGGAACUUAAUAUAAGUUGAGGGAAAGUUGCACAAAACGUUUCUGGCACAUAUCAGUGUUUAAUGAUAUAGUCCUAGCCAAAUGUGACUGGCUAAAUAUGUUUUCCGUUUAAAUAGUCGAAGUAUGUAAUUGAAGUUGUAGUAUAUGAAAACUUUUUCAAAUCAAAUCCUCCACUACCACCUUACUAUGUGCUAAAUACUGAUACAUGGCACUAAUUAUGCCCAUGAGUUUGAUCAGCUGUAAAGUUGACGAUUUUGAGCAACAGUGCCCUGAUGAACAGGGUUACUGAGAUUUGUAUAUUGUCUAGAUUGUUUAAAUUACACACUAUGGUAACUGUGCAUUGUGUUCUCAGUAGAGAGCUUUAUUUGUUACCUUUACCUUACAAAAAGGGAUGUUGGAAUUUUUAUUGCUGGUUUGUGUUGAUGAUGUGUUGCAAAAUACAUAUUAAUAAUAUGUGCAAAUUAGAUAUAAUUCUAUGAAAUAAUUUAAAACAUGUCACUUAUUAUUAAAUAAUUGCCUACAUUGUACUUGUGUUCAUCUCCGAUUGCUGAGUUUCAAGCUUUGAGUGACAUUAAUUUCACACCUCACCCUUAAUUUAUAAUACAUGUAGUAAAAUAUUUGUUUUACCGUGUGUUUUAAUUCAUUUUUUUUUAAAUAUUGAUAUCUUUUUCCAAAAGAAUAAAAGAUCAUGGCAAUUGCUGCCAAAAGUUAGAAAAACAAAAGUCCAUUAUCAGUGAACAAUUCUUGUUACUUUUGAUUAUUUUUAAAGCGGGUGACCAAUUAACCUGUGCAAUACAGGACAAUAAAUAAAACAUGACAAUUAUUUAAGUUGGGGUCACUACCUUGGAAUAGUCUGUGCAAAGCAUUGGGGAUUUAAACCAAUUUGAUUAUAUAGAGAGGCAUAUACCAUUUUCUUGAUUUCAAACAAAACCCAGCUGUUUGAUAAGUAUUCAGGCUUUCUCUACCAAACUGCCAACUUCGAUGACUAGAGUCAUUUCAUUUUGUGUGAGUUGUCAGAAAGUGCCAGUAAGAUGGGCUAUUUACGCAUUGGAAUGAAUGAAUUGUUACAUUACAUUUCAGCUGUUGUCAUCACCAGAUCGUUAUUCACACAGCUGUCUUGUAUCUUACUGAUGAAUACAUUUUUAUUUAUUAUA